AUGAAUCAAGCCAAGACAAUCAUAACAGAUCCAUGAUCCUCCCGUUCCACAGGCCUUCUUAUUCUAUCUUAACCCCGAAAUCAGAAUUGGGUUGGAUCGGAACAUUUCGUUUCAUUUGCCAGACUUAGUUGAGACUGAAGAAGUGAAAAUGAAUAAAUUAGGCAUAGAGAUCCGAGAAAAAAGAUAACUUGUACAUUUGUACUACUUCUGCUACAAGCAUCACAUCAAUUCAUAUCAAAGGUGCGGCAAAAAAUACUCUCUCGGUAAAGAAAACGGAUAGUGUAUUUAAGACCAAAGAACCAGAUCCAGGGAAAGAAAAAAAAAAUAUCUCUCUUUCUCUCAAAAGUCAGAGAGAAGCAGUAGAUCACCAUCACGAUCGAGAAGGAGCUGACCCAUUGAUUAACAGAGAAAAAUGGGAUGCUCGUUCUCGGGACUCAAUGCUUUGUAUGACACCGCCAAUGGCGGAGGAGAUGUUUGGAUCAAUGAGAAUCGCUUCAAGAUCCUCCGUCAAGCCGGUUUCGCCAAUGUCUUCCUCGUCAAGGAGCUCAUUUCUGACCCAAACAAAAUUAAGGACCCUUCUCAUGUCUCUAAUGAUGGCACUUAUGCCAUGAAGAAAGUUCUUAUUCAAAACAAUGAACAGUUGGAGUUGGUGAAAGAGGAGAUCCGUGUUUCGUCUCUGUUUAGCCAUCCCAAUCUGCUUCCUCUCCUAGACCAUGCCAUCAUUUCAGUCAAGGCCUCACAAGACCAGUCUAGGAAGCAGGAGGCUUGUAUGUUAUUUCCAGCCCAUUUGGAUGGGACAUUACUGGAUAGUGCCAAAAUCAUGCAAGCAAAGAAGGAGUUCUUUUCCACUUUGGAGGUGCUUCAAAUAUUUCAUCAGCUUUGUGCAGGUCUCAAGCAUAUGCAUAGCUUUGAUCCUCCGUACGCACAUAAUGAUGUCAAACCUGGUAAUGUCCUUUUAACACAGAGAAAAGGACAGGCACCUCUUGUGAAACUAAUGGAUUUUGGAAAUGCACGUCCUGCAAGAAGGCAAAUUCGCUCUCGCUCAGAGGCCCUACAGUUGCAGGAAUGGGCAUGUGAGCAUAUUUCAGCACCUUUCCGUUCACCUGAAUUGUGGGACUGCCCAAGUCAAUGUGAUAUUGAUGAAAGAACUGAUAUCUGGUCAUUAGGUUGUACAUUAUUUGCUAUAAUGUACGGAGUAUCUCCAUUCGAGUAUGCACUUGAGGAAUCUGAUGAAAGUCCACAAUUGGCUAUUGUAAAUGCACAAAUAAAGUGGCCAGCUGAGCCUAAUGCUGCAUAUCCCAACGACCUUAACCAGUUUGUGACAUGGAUGCUUCAGCCUCAAGCAACAGUCCGACCCCGCAUCGAUGAUAUCAUAAUUCAUGUUGACAAGUUGAUCUCAAAGUAUUCGCCAUUAAAGUAAUGUGAGGGGAACAUUUUUGUUUAUUUCACAUAUCCAUCAUCCAUAUAAACAUCUUAGCAUAUUGCAGAAUCCACCAUAAGUUACUGUUACAUUUUUUUUCUUCCAUUUUUUCUUGUCAAAAUGUGAUAGAAGACUCAGUAACUUAUUAUGCCUCGUUAUACCAGAGGAAAGAGGUUUCAGCAGUUGUCCUUUAUCUACUUUUAAAAAUAAUUUAAUGUUGAACAAUCUCUACUGCUUUUGUUCCCA